AUGGCCGGACCUCCGUCGAGUGGCUACGGCGGUGCGUCGCUGCUGGACCUCUCGAAAUACCCCACUGCACAGGAAUUCGUGGCGCGAUGCCAUGAGUUCUUCCGUGAGGUUAAGGAUUUGACACCAGGCUCAGCCCUUGAAGCGCGGCUCAACCGCGACUACGGACCAGGCAACGUCUACUACGAGGAUUUCUGCCGGUACAUGCGACAGGGACUCAAGGAAGGCUGGGUGGCACAGGACGAGCUGGAUGGGCCGCGGUAUCGUCGUGGUCGCAUCGCUGCGCCAUCCGAAGACUCGUCCUUUAUCUCAAUUACUACUGUCUAUAUGGAAUCCGACGCCGAAUACCGUGGACAAUACCACAAACAUCCGUAUGGGGAGAUCAAUUGCGUGGUGCAGAUCGACGAGGGCGCAGAGUUGAAGGGCAUGCAGGGCUGGCAGGGAGCAGGCUGGACAAGCCCCGGCCCUGGUACCCAUCAUUACCCCGAAGUUCGCGGUGGCGGGCUCGUGGCGUUGUUCUUCCUCCCAGCCGGCAGGAUCUCCUAUGACGCGAAGCCUGGAGAGGCGCAACCUGUUUCGGUGUAG